UGGACAGUGAUAAGUGCAACAAAGACCCACACUUUUUGAGAAAAGUGUACUUUUUAGGGGUGAAUAAAGUUUUCGGAAACAUAAUGGCAUCGUCAAAAGUUGCGAGGUGCGGGCGUCAAGAGAGCCUUCCUAAGGAACCUCCGUCUUCCGUAGAUUCUUCCAAUACUUCGGAUUCUUCUGAUGGUGAAAAGGAUUUGGGACUGGAGGACUUCGAUUUCAUAAAAACUAUAGGAACUGGAACGUUUGGCCGUGUCUGUCUUUGCAGAGAAAAAAGUUCAAAUAAAUAUUUUGCCAUGAAGAUCCUGUCCAUCAGUGAUGUCAUCAGAUUAAAACAAGUCGACCAUGUGAAAAAUGAGAAAAACAUCCUGCUCCUAGUCAGACACCCUUUUAUUGUAAACAUGAAGUGGCACUACAGAGAUCCCAGUAACCUUUACAUGCUGUUUGAAUAUGUCUGUGGAGGAGAAUUGUUUUCAUACCUGAGGAAUGCAGGCACCUUCACAACGAGUACAGCCAACUUCUACGCCUCAGAGAUUGUGGUGGCGUUGGAGUACCUUCACUCGCUGUCCGUCGUCUACAGAGACUUGAAACCAGAGAAUCUUCUGUUGGAUAGAGAUGGACAUCUUAAGAUCACAGAUUUUGGUUUUGCCAAGGUCUUACAUGACAGGACGUGGACUUUGUGUGGAACUCCAGAGUAUUUGGCUCCAGAAAUCAUCCAGUCCAAGGGACACAACCGAGCUGUUGAUUGGUGGGCGCUGGGAGUGCUAAUUUAUGAGAUGCUUGCUGGCUACCCACCAUUCUUUGAUGAUAACCCUUUCGGUAUAUACGAGAAGAUUUUAGCUGGCAAAAUAGAAUGGCCGAGAAACCUGGAUCCUGUUGCAAAAGAUCUGAUCAAGAAACUUCUGGUGGGAGACAGAACAAAGAGGUUAGGGAAUAUGAAGAAUGGUGCUGAUGACAUAAAGAGGCAUAGAUGGUUCAAGGGUGUCAACUGGCAAGAUGUGUGUCAGAGAAGACUCAAGCCUCCCAUAGUUCCCAGGAUAGCGUACGAGGGAGACACCCGCAACUUUGACGAGUAUCCUGAGGCCGACUGGAAGUCAGCACCGUGUGUUAGUGAAGUAGAUAUGAAGCUUUUCGAUGACUUCUGAUACAAAAGCGAAACACGCACUCCUAGUUCCUAAAGCUAUCUUUCGUCCACCACUCGAUAUUUGUUUAAGCUCAUUUUUUAUUUCAUAGGAGACUUAUUUUAUGUUGCUAAUUUUGAUUGUGAUACAGAAAAGGCUUUGGUAGUCUUUUAGAUAGCCAAGCUUUAUACAUAGCAUUCAGAGCUUUAUGUUAUAGAUUUAAGCUAGUGAAAUUUGUAUAUACAAACGGAUAGUUAGCGUUGUUUUAAUAAUUUUAAAAGUUUGGUAUAUGUUUUCAUUUGUUUAUUGUUAAAAAAUAUGGUACAUUUUAUACUAGAAACAAUGAUAAUUUUUGAAAACUUUUACAAUGAAACUUUUACCAACUGUGCCAAAAAAGUGGAAAUAUAAUUGUUGACUUAACUAUUUGAUUUCCAUGGAUGAACCACUUGAAACUAAAUACCCAAAUCCUUAGUUUUUCUUACACAGACAUCAAUAUCUUAUCAUUGAAUCUAAAAGCUUCCUAUUCUAAUGCAUACUUAUCUUUUAAACCUAAUACUGAAUUAAACAAUAUUAAUGUCCCAGGAAAAACCCUGUAUAAAGUACUUCUUGAACUUUUUAAGGAGACUUUUUUUUCACUUUUUAUAAAUUGAAGUACGGUACAUAAACAUGUAAUACAAACAUACAUAUAAAUAAAGACAACCGUAAUGAAAAACGUAUGGCUAAAAACAAAAUGUAAACCUAAACAAGAAUGUAAGAUUGUAAGAUGAGUUUGUCUUCACAUUUUAUAGUAGCACACCAUGUAAACACCAAUUGAUUAAGUGUUUUAAGGCACUUUUAGAACAAGUUUUAUAGGAUUUGGUGUUUUGUCAAGGUUUAGUUUACUGUACCAGUAAUAACAUUGUAUUAUGAAAUAUACUUACAUGAAAAGAGUAGAUGUGUUUUUGCACAAUAUAGCAAGGGUAUUUUUCUGUAAAACAAUAUAUGGGCUACAUCAAGUAUACUUUCAAGGGCAUCUUUCAAACUUAUAACUAUUGGAUAUGCUCAGUUCUGUUUUAACACGUUCGCUGCGGACCAUCAAACAGCAGGCGUAGCCCCAGUACGGCGCAGCCCGCAGCGUCGAACAAACCCGAUUGCCGGGUGAUUGGCUCUCAUAUUUCGGUAUGACGAAUAGCAAAUAACGUGCGGUGAUGUCCUGUUUUAUAACAAGAGUCGACGUAGUUCGCUAAACACUCACAUAUAGCAGCACUGCUUGGAACGUAGCCGGUCCCAUCGUAUUAACAAUUGGAGGGAGAAAGACGGGACAAAAAGUUGAUUUUUAAGUUUGCCAGACGGGGAUUUUAUGGGGAAAUUUUACUACCAACCUACAACACAACAAAAAGCAAGUCACCCACUACACGCUAACGUGGAAACAUUCUGCAAAGGGUCGUAAACAAACGCACGUGGCGCGCUCGCCCACCCCCAUCCCGCCCCCCCUACUGAUAACGCGACAAAAAUAGAAACCAAGGUCACCACGGUCAUUCAACUGUGUCAACGCAGGUGGCUACAAAGUAUUAGUUCGAAAUAUCAAACGGCUGAGCCACAGGAAAAUAUUGAAGUUCAGGAGGACCCAAGUAUCCAUAUGGAUACCGCCGCCUCUACGUGAUGGACUCCAGGUAUCCAUAUGGAUACCGCCGCACCCAAUGUGUUAGAACUAAAUUAAAAUUCUGUAAGAUGGUAACAAAACCCAAACAGAAUUGUGACUCCUAAAAAGGAUUGACAAAUGUUUUAUAGUGUUUGAAAAAUAAUGCACCCUUAAGAACGUUAACAAAUUGGAUUUCAAUUUCAAAAUCGCUGCUUUGAAAAAUUUUUGAGAUAGCCAAAAUUUUUAUUGUUGCGUAGUUGUAAAUAUUCCAAUGCCUGUAUACGCUUACCAUUAUCUCAGAAAAACACAGCUCUCCUAUUAUAUGCCUAUAUACAGAAGUGUUUUUUGGAAAAGCAGAGUCAGAACACCAUUUCUGCCCCAACUCACCAUUGAGAUAACUUUUAUGUGUUGAGAAUUCAGUUAGCUUUCGUGUCAAGAUAACAAAUGAAAGUUUCCAUUGUUAAAUUACUAUAAAACAUAUAGAUUUUUAUUUGGCUAAGAACACCCUUGCUCUAUUGUUAGUGAAUAAGAUUACAAUUUCAUCCAGUUGUGCAGUAUUUCAAGAAGAUUUGUUUAUAUUUGUAUUUAACUGUGAUCAUUUAUUAGUUUUUUAAACUCAAAGAGUUAUAUUUAAUUAUUUAGUAUUUGUGUGUCAGUACAUUAAAUUUUCACAUGAACAAUAAUAGUUUUGUACAGUGUAAGUUAAUGUGUCUUAAAAAUAAAACAAGGUUAGUUUUA